AUGGAAGAAGUUGAUCUUGUCGUCGUUGGUGCAGGCCCGUAUGGUCUAUGUGCGGCAAAGACGUAUCUGGAAGUCAAUCCUUCCGCCAACGUUGUGCUUCUGGAGGCGGAAUCGUCUAUUGGAGGAGUGUGGGCAAAACAUCGUCUUUACAAGAAUCUAUGCACAAACAAUGUCUUUGGCUCAUACGAAUUCCCGGAUCUUGCCAUGGAUGCAGAGACGUUUGGCGCAGAGAAGGGGAAACAUAUACCCGGAGAGACCAUGUAUGCUUAUAUGAAUGCAUAUGCAAAGAAGUUCUGCUUAACAGAGAGAACCCGCCUUAGAACAAGGCUCGUAUCUGCCGAGCACAGGGAGAAUCCUUCCUCAUGGUUGCUUACAGUCGAUGCAAACAGCGAUGGAAUGGAGGCAGCCGUUGGAACAUUGUCGACCAUCCUCACAUCGAAGCUGAUGCUGGCAACCGGGCUUACGUCCCGGGCACACCUACCAAGAUUCAAGGGCCAAGAGUCAUUCGAGGCACCAGUGUUCCAUUCUCGGAACAUGCCGAAGCACGAGAAUGACCUGUUGCACCACGACAAGUCAGUGGUUGUGUAUGGCGGCGGGAAGGCUGCCUGUGACAUGGCUUACACCUGCGCAGCGUCCGGGGCGUCCGUUGACCUGGUUAUUCGUGAACAUGGCCGUGGUCCUGCUUGGAUGUCAGGUCCAAGGAUCACACCAUUUAAGGUAUAUCUGGAGCACCUGCUUCUAACCAGGUGCACGACUUGGAUGUCCCCUUGUAUCUGGGCAACAUCAAGGCCUCUUAAGUUCUUCCAUGAGACAUGGUUUGGUCAAAAACUCGUCAACACUUUUUGGGGCCUGGUGAAGAACGACGUGGUCACCACUAACAAAUAUAACAAACACCCGGAAGUCAAGAAACUGACACCAUGGGUUGAUCCGUUCUGGGUCAGCACAUCACUCAGCAUCCUGAACUACCCCAGUGAUUUCUUCGACCUAGUAAGGAACGGCCAGAUCAAAGUACAUAUUGCGGACAUUGUCUCUCUCUCGAAGCAGACGGUUCACCUCUCCAGCGGCACCUCCCUCAAGGCCGAUGCAUUAAUCUGUGGAACAGGUUGGGAAGCUCGAUCUGCUGUAACGUUUCUGCCUGAAGGGAUCGACGGGCAGCUUGGAGUCCCCUGGGGCCCUGAGCCGCUGGACAAGUCACUCCUAGAGGCGGCAGACAAGCAUAUUCUGAGACAGUUCCCCCAGCUCGGGGUUUCGCUCAAAGUCAACGAGCAGUUCAAGCACUUCUCUGCCGACUCCGAGACACGGUCGGCUCAUCCAUACCGGCUGAUUCGAUUCAUGGCUCCGCCCAAGCUGAAAGAUCGAUCGAUCGUCUUUCUUGGUACUGCUGCCAACGUAGACACACCCGUCACAGCGUCGAUACAAGCUCUCUGGGCCACUGCGUACUUGUCAGGCCAGCUCGAGGUUCGGCCGCUCAUCCAACGGCCGGCUGAGCCCAAACCGGCGGCAGAUGAAGAUGAGACGGACUGGGAGGUAGCUCUUCACUCGCAAUUCAGCAUAUGGCGAUUCCGUGACGGUAUGCGCAUGCGGAAUCCUGACUUCGUCUUCGAGUCGAUCCCAUAUCUCGACCUGAUGUUGCGAGACCUGGGCCUGCAACAGUUUCGCAAGAAGGGCUUUCUUCGAGAGAAUUUCACAGUGUACAGGCCGCGAGACUACCAGGGACUGGUAGAUGAAUGGAAGGCAAAGCACAAGCACCACCAGAAGUAG